AUGGCUCUUCUAACAGUUCAGCAUAUCCUGGACGAGAAGUCCAAGCACGUCCUUUUUGCUCAGUACUUUGUGAAGGCGUUGCCUUGGCGCGCACUCUUGAGUGCUGAACAGGUCGAAAUGCUGCUUGGAGCAGGAACCUCAAAGGUGCGAGAGACAGCUCGCGAGGCUUUCCCUCAUCAUUUGGACGACGUCAUUAUGGCUUACAAUGAAGCGAUCACAAGUGUUUUCUAUCUUGCAGUCGCUAGAACUGCUUUGGCGUUCUUGCUCGCCGUUGGAAUAGAGCGGAGAGACACGGGCGUGAAGUAUGCCAACUACAUGCUGAUCACGAACAAAAACGCCAAGAUACACCUUCCUCGCUCAGAUGAGUGGGAUGUACCUAAUGCUUGA